AAAGCAGGGACAUCGUUCGUCACACACAGUUGUCUGGUCACGUAGUAGAGUGUUGUCUCUUUACCGGGUAAUAUGUUUUAUGCGAAAUACGUUUCAUAAAUAAACAAUAUAAAUCAAUUAUUGUGCAUCAUAUUGUUUAACAUAAAAAAAUGUGUGAAAGUGCCGUUAUGUGGGUUUUAAUAAUAAUUAUUGCCGGUCUUGCGCUUUUCCAAGUACCCGAGCACGCAUGCGAGGACUUUGGCUAUGAUGGAGUUAUAGGUCCAACGUACUGGGGAGAUAGGUACCAGGAAUGUAGAGGUAAACACCAGAGUCCAAUUAAUAUAAAUGUGCUUCGGGUUAAGCAAGUUGCGUUACCGGACAUCGCGUUCGUCGGCUUCGAUGAUUCCAUAGAUGACGUACACAUCUCAAACAAUGGACACACAGUUUUAAUCGAAGUUGAAAAUGAGCCUCAUCCACGAGUUAGCGGAGGCCCUCUAGACGGUGCCUACGUGUUUAGUCAGAUGCAUUUUCAUUGGGGAGACAACGACACUUUCGGUUCAGAGGACAAAAUUAACCAUCGAAGUUUUCCAAUGGAAUUGCAUAUGGUGUUUUACAAAGAAGAAUAUAAAUCCGUGAAACAAGCGAUCAAGUAUUCAGACGGCCUCGCAGUACUCGCAUUCUUUUAUGAGUUGGAUCGCCACAAGCACCCGGCUUAUGAUGAUAUAACCUCUGCUUUGGGUAACGUGACGGAGCCUCACACGAGUAUUGUGAUGAGUGAGCCAUUCUCAUUCCUCAACAUUUUACCUUUAGACCUGCGGCGGUAUUUCACUUAUCGAGGUUCCUUGACCACUCCGCCUUGCUCUGAAGUGGUCAUAUGGCUUGAUUUUGAACAACCAAUCAGAUUGGCACAUGACCAGAUAGAAGCAUUCAGGGAGUUGCGUUCUGCGAAUGGAAAAAUUAGGCAUAACUUCCGACCUAUACAACCGAUCGGCGAUCGAGUUGUGUUUUAUAAUGUUGAUAAUAAUUACUUUAAUUACAACGAGAUUGAUGAUCCUGAUGAAGCUAAUGUUGGACCAACCCGUAGAAAAAAGGGUAAUAAUGAUGGUAGCAUUUUAAGAAUAAACCUAUACAUUUUCUUUGCUACAUUGAUAAUGUUGUGGUAAUUUUAAAAUGAAAUCAUUAUUUUAAUACCAUGUAAUGUUUUAUAGUAGCUAUAAAAUAUUGUGUAAAAGUUUCUUGUUUUCUGUAGAGCAGGGUACUCUAUGGUCGUUUUAUUUUAUAGUAGAUCUAUUGUUGCUAUUUUUAUUUUAAAUUAAUUUUUAAGAUGUAUAUAGUAGUAUUAUAUGUUUUAAUUUUAAUGAUAUUAGACAUCAACUUUGCCAUUUCUUAAGCUGAAUUGUAAAAUGAUAAACUGUGAUAAAAAUAAAACUAUG